UCCUGCUCACAUGCACCUCCAAUCGCAGCCUCGCAGACAGACCUCUCUUCUCUCACCAGCAACCGAGAAACCAUGAUGCAAUUAAGGAUUUUAAUUUUCACCUCUGUUAUGAUCCCAUGGAUACUGUCUUCUCCGGCAAGAAAACCUAAAAAGGAGGUUGUAAACAUUCCUGACUAUGGUUUAUCUGAAGACUCAGGCACGGACCCAGAAGUAUCUCCGAAAGCCGAGGAGCUGCCGACAUGUCUACUGUGCGUCUGCCUGAGUGGAUCUGUUUACUGUGAGGAGGUUUCCCCAGACUUGUCAGUCGUCCCAUCGCUGCCAAAAGAAACAGCGUACCUCUAUGCACGUUUCAACAAAAUCACCAAAAUAAAAAAUAAAGACUUUGCAGACAUGGCUACAUUACGGAGAAUCGACCUAACGGGGAAUCUCAUCGCUGAGAUAGACGAUGGAGCUUUUUCAAAACUGCCCAACCUGGAGGAGCUCACUCUUGCAGAAAACAGACUGACCAAACUGCCUGUGCUGCCCAACAAGUUAAUGUCUUUCAAUGCCAAUUUCAACAAGCUGAAAACCCAGGGUGUAAAGGCAACUGCUUUUAAAAAACUCACAAGACUGGCGUAUCUUUACCUUGGAAACAAUGAACUGACAGCAGUGCCCCACCUUCCGGAGUCUCUUCAUGUUGUGCACCUGCAUAACAACAAGAUCUCAACAAUAACAGAUGAGACAUUCUGCAAAGGUAACUCCAGCCACUACAUCCGCACCAACAUGGACGAGGUGAGACUGGAUGGGAACCCCCUGAAGCUGUCGCAGCAUCCCAACAGCUUCAUCUGCCUGCAGUCCCUGCCUAUCGGCUGGUACAACUGAAAUGCAAAACAGCACGCUUUCAACUGGGGUAGACCUCGCGGGGAAGUUCUGUGCAAACUGAGUAAGUGCAGGGCAAAGAUGCAGAUAGCUUAAAUAAACAAAAUAAUAAUAAUAAAUAAUGCACAAUUAAGUUCUUAAGACACAUUUUAUAUACUCAAUAAAUCAAUUAAAUACUUCUCAUAAUUAAAAUGAAAUCAUAUAAAUAUUUCAGCAAAAGGAAGAAAUGGUGUUUGUUUUUUGUAUCUUAACAGCAAUAUCUGCCUGUAUUUAACACAUCUAUGCAAAAUCUUUCAAACUGUCCCUCAACACAAAUGCAUUUUUGUCUUUUAGACACGACGUGACUGAUCUGGCUUUGUCUUAGCAGGUACUAUGCAAUGCACAAACUCACUGUCAAAUCACUAGUGAGACGUCGAUUAUCACGAAGAGAUGAGACCAUUGUUGUGAUACUGCUGUGACAGUUGUAUUAUCGUUGCAGUUUUGCUAUUGUUUCCUUAACUGAAGACCAUAUAAACAAUAAAACCUGCAUGCUGGA